AUGGAAGAGUGUGGCAAAGCAAUUGUGGAAAUGUUCAAGACUAAACCAACAAAUGCAAGGAUGAAGGAAGUUCUUCGUCAGCAUGAUGAUGAUGUCGAGCUGUCCUAUCAGGUCAUCCAUCUUCUGUCUCACUUUUCUGAAGAUGUCUCAGGGCUCAUUGUUCUUGCAGAUAUCACCGAUCUGGACAAAAAGAAGCAAGCACUAGCUGUUACCUUGUCGCUAAUGGGAAGAGCGAGGGAAAGUGCACUGGAGAUUCCCACUGGUGAUUUGAAUGCCGACACUGGUAUGUCCGCGCUUCUGGAGAAACUAGACUCUGUGUUUUUAAAAGAAGAAAAGGAUCGCCAGUAUGAGGUGUACACAGAGUUUCCAGAGAGUGCGGUGUGUCCAUGGUGGAGUUUGAACGCAGGAUUGACACAGCCUGCACAAGAACAGCGUGUGGAGAAAAAUGGCUUUAACAACUACUGCUUUGGUAACGGCAUGUUUGAAGAGCGUGUGCGUGGUGAUAGAGGAAGAGGAGGAAUGGGGGGUCAUGGUUACAGCAGCGAUUCAAACUCAGGCUUUCACAGCGGCCAUUUCGUGCACAUGAGAGGCCUACCGUUCCGCGCUACGGAGGCAGAUAUUGCACAUUUCUUUGCCCCUUUGAACCCUGUGAGGGUGCACAUUGAUGUAGGACCUAAUGGAAAGUCUACAGGAGAGGCAGAUGUUGAGUUCAGAUCUCAUGAAGAUGCUGUGUCUGCCAUGUCAAAAGACAAGAAUCAUAUGCAGCAUCGUUACAUUGAGCUUUUCCUGAAUUCAACUUCAAGUUGGCCAUCUGAAAUGGGCCGCGGAGGAGGUUUCUAUGGCAACUCUGGUGGCAUGGGCUCUCGAGGAAGUGGACUAAGGGGAAUGUACUGAGGAUGCUUGCAAUACAUGCACUUUUCAACUCAAAGUUGGAGCUUCCAGCUUGGAAUAUCUUUUUGAUAUGGUGGUUUUGACAACUACAAUGGCAAAGUUGUUCAUUCCA